AUGGUCAGUAAUGCCGCGCCGCCACCGUUGGUGGUGCAGAAUGCCGAAAAGAAGAUCAUAGAGGACAAAGAGCGCAACCGGCGGAGGAGACGGAGUAGUAGCUUGAUGUAUCAGGAGCCACCGGAAAGUCUGGAGCAGCAAAGUGAUCAGGCGACUAUGCCGAACUUGAAUGCGCAGUGGGUGAAUGCGAAAGGCGCUUGGAUGAUUCACCCAGUCCUCAUAAUCCUCGCUAAGAUCCUCUUCGACAUCGUCCCGGGAGUCUCACAAGAAACCUCGUGGACACUAACAAACACCUCCUACAUGGCCGGCUCCUACCUAAUGUUCCACUAUGUGCGAGGCGUGCCCUUUGAGUUCAACGCGGGCGCAUACGACAAUUUGAACAUGUGGGAACAAAUAGACAAUGGCGACCAAUACACACCCGCCAAGAAAUUCUUGUUAGCGGUACCUAUAUGCUUGUUUCUGAUCAGUACACAUUAUACACAUUACGACUUGGCAUAUUUCAUGGUCAAUUUUCUGGCGACGGUGGCGGUGGUGGUGCCCAAGUUACCUGCUCUCCACAGGAUGCGUUUCGCCUUCUUCAAUCCGGAACCAGAGGGUCAUGACGACAGCAGACGAUGA